UCAAAAUAGUGAAAAAAAUCGACCGAUGUUUGAUUAAUGCAUGUAUCGAAAACUGUUAAAAAAAUAAUAUCAUAGCAUUAUUGUAGAGAUUUCAUGAUGCUUUUGAGUUUGUGUACCUAUAUUAUUGACAUUUGAGGGUGUUCUGGUAAUAUUUGUGAAGUUUUAGCUUUUACUAACUAUAAAAGUAAAGCAAAAAUGGACGUCGAUACAGAUGGGAGGAAGUCCAGAUCACGCAGCAGAUCUGCCGAAUCAGAUUCUAAGAUGUCACAUGAUGGAUCAGUGAAGUCUAAAUCUGGUUCUCGCUCACGUUCGAGGUCCAAAUCAUCAUUGAGGUCUAGGAGUGGCUCUCGCGCGUCCUCACGUUCACGAAGCAACACACCCGCGUCACAUCGCUCCAGGAGUGGCUCUGCCAAGUCUGCCAAAUCGGGGAGUCCUAGAAAGUCGAGAAGUGGCUCACCGGCUUCCAGAAAUACAUCCCGUUCAAGGAGUAGGUCGCCAACUUCCAAAAAAACGAAAUCGAGAAACGGUUCACCAAAAUCUCGAAGUGCUUCCCCUGCUAGAUCACGUUCAAACAGCAUUCUGAACUCUAAGAGCCGCAGCCGCUCUAAAUCGAGGAGUCCCAAGUUACACGCCAAAAGCCGGUCGCCUAGUGCAGGCUCGAAAGCGUCGCCGGCCAGAUCCAGUGUCUCGCCCAGAAAAUCUAGAAGCAAGUCUCGUGAAUGCUCCAGAAGUAAAUCUAUAGAAAAGAUGGACAUUGACAAUGGUGGUAAAGCACCCCAGUCUCCUGCCGAAAAUAGAGCGAGUCGUUCCCGCUCCAGGUCUGGCUCGCUCAGGUCCAAGUCGCGGUCACGUUCCGGCUCAAGAAAGUCGCGAUCUAAAUCUCGCUCGCGUUCCAAGUCCCGUUCACGGUCCAAGUCCCGUUCACGUUCCAAGUCCCGUUCACGGUCCAAGUCGCUUUCACGUUCCAAGUCCCGUUCACGCUCCAAGUCUCACUCAAGAUCGAAAUCUCGAUCCCGUUCAAAAUCAGGUUCGCGCUCUAAAUCGAGAUCUCGAUCAAAGUCUCGCUCCCGAUCCCGUUCAAAGUCUGGCUCCCGCUCCAAGUCUAGGUCUAAAUCCCGUUCGAGGUCCAGGUCCAAAUCUCGUUCACGAUCCAAGUCGAAGUCUGUGUCGCGCUCGAGGUCUAGAUCCCGCUCCAAAUCAAGAUCUCGAUCAGCAUCGAAAUCCAGAUCCAGAUCAAAGUCUAGAUCACGCUCUGGUUCAGCUAAAUCUGCUUCUAGAUCUCGCUCACGAUCCCGCUCCGGUUCGCGUUCCGGCUCAGGCUCACCAGCUCGAAAAGAGGGCAAGGCGCGUCGCACAGUGCGGCUGCAGUCUGACGACGAGGACGGCGCUGAUGCGGGUGGCGAGAGGGCGGGAGCGGCGAGGGAAGGGAACGGGGACGGGGAGGGGGAGGGGGAGGGGGCCGCGGGGGGAGAGGCGGCCGCUGCGGGGGCUGCGGGGGGAGACGCGCCCGCACAGGACUCGUCCGACGAUGAGCUUGAUCCAGAUAUGAAGAGCGCGGAGGCGGCGGGCGGGCUGUCGGACUUCGAGCUGAUGCUGGCGCGCAAGCGCGAGGAGCGGCGCGGGCGGCGGCGGCGCCGCGACAUCGACAUCAUCAACGACAACGACGACCUCAUCGCGCACCUGCUGCAGCAGAUGCGCCAGGCCGCCGACGACGACCGCGAGCUCAACCGCCGCAACCAGCCCGCCGUGCGCAAGGUGUCCAUGCUCAAGGCGGCCAUGUCGCAGCUCAUCAAGCGCGACCUGCAGCUCGCCUUCCUCGAGCACAACGCGCUCAACGUGCUGUGCGACUGGCUGGCGCCGCUGCCCAACCGCGCGCUGCCCUGCCUGCUCAUCCGCGAGAGCAUCCUCAAGCUGCUGAUGGACUUCCCGUCCAUCGACAAGUCGCUGCUGAAGCAGUCGGGCAUCGGCAAGGCGGUCAUGUACCUGUACAAGCACCCCAAGGAGACGAAGGCCAACAAGGAGCGCGCCGGCAGACUCAUCUCCGAGUGGGCGCGCCCCAUCUUCAACCUCUCCACUGACUUCAAGGCCAUGACGCGCGAGGAGCGCCAGGCGCGCGACGAGGCCAUGGCGGGCGCGCGCCGCCGCGACGAGCCCGGGCCCGCCGCCAAGCGCCGCCACCUGGACGAGCCCGACCGGUGCGUGAGCAAGAAGAAGAUGACCCGCUACGAGAAGCAGAUGAAGAAGUUCAUGGACCAGAAGCGGCUGCGCGGCAACUCGCGGCGCGCCGUCGAGAUCUCCAUCGAGGGCCGCAAGAUGGCGCUCUGAACGCCCGAGCCGCCCGGAGCCGCCCGGAGGCGGGGACGGUCGACCCGCGUUUUAUUAUUUCUAAUAAAAUGUUACAAUCAAUGUGUAAAAAAAUACAUUCUCCACGCGAAAAACUAUCUGUCGGUGAGCGGAUACGUUUCGAUUGUAAGUGAGACAGUUUGUUCCAUUGGUUAGCUUUCAUAUGGACCAACAGAUCGGACACAUACGAAACUUAGAGGACAAGGGUCGAGUCAUUCGUCCGCCUAAGUUCUCAGUGCAAUAAACGUCGCUCAUAAAUUCGCAAUAUGUAAUGUAACUCUGAUAUAUUCCUUAGAUCAAUAUUUCUUUUCAUAACUGAAUAAUUGAUACAAAACGUCAUUGUUGUUUUUGUUUGAAUAUAUAAAACUGAAUUUUGUACAAUUCCCAAUUAAAUAUGUUAUCGCCAACGAGAGACACAAUAAAAAAUGUUGACCGUUACAGGACUUGACGGAUGAUUGUAUGAGAACACGCGAAGUUAGCCAAUGUUAUUGGGUCAUCACUCAUCAUUAUAGAUACUAUUUUGAAGUAUGUAAAAUAACGCCUCGUUUCCAAAUGUUACUUUAACUUUCGACGUUACUGCGCUCCUUAUAGUGGCGCUAUAAGACGAACUAACGACAAAAUUUUAGAAACAUUUGGAAAAUACCGUAAACCAUACGGAAUAUGUAAUUGUAAAUUAUUUGAUAAGGCUUAAAAAAUAAAUGACUGAAUUUUGA